AUAGUUGUAAUUUUAUAUCCAUCUCUAUGCAAAAAUAAAGAAAGGCAAAGCUCUCUGUCCACCAAAUCUUCUCUCGGCAGUCUCUGUUUACAACCGACGAAUAAUACUCUGCCGCCGGAUUUAUGGUUUUUAUCUUUUCUUGGCAACGUAUUGGUCGCUUCAGUUCUCAAUUGGGGACAUAUUCUGGGAUGUGUUCAUUGCUCCAAGCUUUGAGGCCGUUUUAUGGUUAAAAUUUCAAAUUGGGGGCGUUUUUAGCGGAGAAUGGAUGGAAUAUUUGAUAUUGGGAUGGAAUUUGGAAAUAAGUUGAAUUUCUGUCAAAUUUUGUGAUUGUGUCCUGGGUAGACUUUUAUAUUCACUAGUUUUUAAGAAAUUAUAAUUUGCUGCUAUUAUAAACUAUGUUAUUUUAUUGAAGUUGAAAGAUUUUGUCUCCAACAGAGAACUUGGACACUUUUUCACCUUUGCUUGUUUUGGAAAUAAUACAGAAAAAAAGAAAAAAAGGAAGGGGGUAAUUUUUGUAAUGAGUUGAUUUUAAAGAUUGAACCUCCUUUACUUUUUCAAAAAGAGCUAUUGUUGUGAUCAGUUACGAGCAGGAAAAGAUCACACAUUUUCACAUGGACAAUAUUACUUCAAAAGACAGGAGCUUUGAAUCCGAUCUUGAAAGUGGCAGGACAAGUAGUGAAGAGGAUAGUAGCAAAGGCCUUGUUUCAGGCAAUAUACAAGUAAAAAAUUUGCUCAGUAGGGUUACAUGUGGGUUUGGUUUUAAUGGAUCAAUUGGGGGCGAAUGUGUUGUGAACUCGUGUGGCAAUUCGGGAAAAACUAGUGAGGUCGCGGCCGAGGAUCUUGAAUUGUUGAUAGACGAGUGUUCAGGAAGAGAAGAAGGUGGAGAACAUGCAGCCACUGUGGAUAAGAAACAUAUGAAAGAAAAACACAAGAAGGCAAACUCUAAAAAGGCAGCCAAACCACCUCGGCCUCCUAAAGGUCCAGCAUUGGAUGCUUCUGACUUGAAGUUGGUCAAAGAGAUUUCUGAGCUUGCCAUGAAGAAGCGUGCAAAGAUUGAACGUAUGAAAGUUUUGAAAAAGAUGAAAGCAGCCAAAUCAUCAUCAUCAUCAAACAGCAGCCUCAUUGCCUUGGUCAUCACAGUUCUUUUCUGUCUCAUAAUAUUAUUCCAAGGAAUUUGCUCCAGAAACAGUUCUAGUAUGAAUUUCCACGGGUCUCCUGAACCAUCAGUAGCAACAGACAGUUUGAUUUCAGUCCAGUUUUACAGUAACCCUUCCACAAGUGAUAGCAGUGGACCCAGUUCUGCAUCUCCCAAUUCUGUAGAAAAUGCUUCUCAUUCUGAUUUGAGAUCCUCAGGGUAAAUUGUGCAGAAUUGCUUGACAAUAAUAAGGACAAGAUUUGUAGGAGUGCUCAUAUUUGAGUCAACAAGGCAACUUGUUUUGCUUUGCCCCCUUGUAAAUUUAUUUGUCACCAUCAUUCAUGUUUCUGUAUAUAUCUAAGAGAGCCGUGCGACGGACAGUGAUGGCCGUCCAAAGCAUUCCCCUAUUUAAUGAUAUGUGGCACAUUGCAACUUUUUCAGUUUGGUUAUGGGGUUCCAAAUAAGAGAGAUGAUAUGAUAUGGAUGAUGUUGGUUCUGGUUCA